AUGCUGGCACUCAGGCAGCUCGCAAGACCUGUCCGUCCAACUCGCACCCUCGCCCGGGCCGCCCUCACCCACCCGGCCUCGACCUUGACGCUCCCCGCAUCGCCUCAACGUCCGCCUCACCUCGUGCCACCACCCCACCUCGUUGCCUCUCCUCAAGAUCCGCCUCUCGACGCCAACCCGGCCUCGAGCCAGACUGCGACCGCCUACCUCUGGUUCGACCACGUCUACCCGAUCCGCUUUGCCGUCUGGGACAUCCGCCACUUGUUCUCGCGCCUCCACCAGGGCGACACGCUCGACCGCCUGCGCCAGUCGGUCCCGUCGUCCACCGCUCCGCUCCACCUCGACGUCGUCUCGGUCGACCCGCGCGCAAAGGACGGCGGCGCCUUUGUCCGCGUCCGCUUUCAGCUCCCCAACGACGUCCACGCCGACGACCCGGCCGCCGCCAACCGCAUCGUCGCCCACCUCGAGAACAUCACCAACGAGUCGCUCGACAAGCAUGCCCUCAAGCCCUGGUACAGCCUCGGCCGGCCCUCGCGUGCGUUCCUCGUGCGCGGCGAGCCCUGGAUGGAGGACAUGAACCGCUUCCCCUCGCGCGAGAUCCGCGUCGAUAUCGAGGGCUCCGAGAUCCCGCAAGAAGAGCUGUACCAGAUCUUUCGCCCGUACGGCAAGAUCCACGACAUUGUGCCCGUGUCGCCCAAGCAGGCGCGCAUCAUCUACACGUCGAUCCGCUCGGCCGCCUCGGCUCGAAACUGCCUCCACGCCGCGUCAACCUCGGCGCCGCACCAGGCCGUCCUGCGCAUCCUGUACGCCGACGCCAAGCGCACGUCGUACGCCAAGGACUUUGCGACGAGCCACCCGCGCAUCACGAUCCCGCUCGUCGUCGCCCUGUUGGGCACCAUCUCGUACGCCGUGUUUGACCCGAUCCGCGAGCUGAGCGUCAUGGCCAAGGUCGAGGGCACGUUCGACGCCGACCAGUGGGCCGCCGUGCGCUGGCUCAAGAAGGAGACGGUCGGCCGCCUCGCCGACCAUUUCCGCCUGAGCGGCGCCGCGCAGGACGGGCUCGCGCGCGGCGGGACGGGGAUCGAGAAGGAGCGCGAGGAGGCGAGGGAGACGCUCCGCAACUGGCUCGUCGACCGGCCCGACACGUUUGUCGUCGUCACGGGCCCGCAAGGGUCGGGCAAGACGGCCCUCGUCGACGAGGUGCUCGCCGACGGCAAGAACGUCCUCACGAUCGACUGCAACCAGCUGCUCAAGAACGCGCGGUCCGAUACCAAGCUCGUCACCGAGCUCGCGUCGGCCGUCGGGUACCGCCCCAACUUUGUCUUUGCCGCGUCGCUCAGCAACAUGAUCGACCUCGCGUCGAUGGGCCUCAUCGGCCAAAAAGCCGGCUUCUCGGCGACGCUCGACGCCCAGCUCAAGAGCAUCCUCGAGGUGACGGCCUCGGCCCUGUCGCGCAUCGCGACCGCGACCCAGGCGCGCGCCCAGCAGCAGCUCGCGUCGGGCCGGUUCCGCCGCGAGCACGACAAGCAGCGCGAGGCCGUCGUCGAGCAGCUGCGCACCGUCGGCGUGCGCGACGCGAGGCUCGACGCCGUCGCCGGCAGCGGCAUCGUCGCCGAGCUCGGCGGCGGCGUCGAGGGCCCGAGCGCCGUCGACCAGGAGGCGGCCGUCGACGACAAGGAGGAGGUCGAGAUUGUCGGGCCGAGGAGCAGCGCCGUCGUGCGCGAUGCCGCAGCCUCGGCAGCGACAUCGUCUUCGUCGUCGUCGUCGUCGUCGUCGUCGAGUGGCGGCGACGGCGUGCCCGUCGAGCGCCUGCCCGUCGUCGUCAUCAAGGGCUUUGCGGCCAAGGGCGAGGCCAAGCAGGAGGUCCUUUGGGACGUCCUCUCCGAGUGGGCCGCCGUCCUCGUCGAGAACCAGGUCGCGCACGUCGUCUUUACGUCCGAGUCGGCGACGCUCGCCAAGCCGCUCGCGCGCGCGCUUCCGUCCAAGCCGUUCAACGUCAUCACGCUCACCGACGCGAGCCCCGAGGCGUCGCUCCAGUACGUCGCCGCCAAGCUCGCCUCGUUCGAGCACGACCUGCCCGCGACGGCCUUCCCCGCCGUCGCGCGCCUCGGCGGCCGCCAGACCGACCUCGACCUGCUCGUGCAAAAGACGCGCGCCGGCCAGGACGUCGGCGAGGCCGUCGACGACAUUGUGCAGCGCAACGCGUCCGAGCUGCGCAAGAACCUCUUUGGCGACGACCAGAACGAGGCCGACAAGCUCAAGUGGUCGAGGGCGCAAGCCUGGGCGCUCGUCAAGGCGCUCGGCGACAAGGGCGAGCUCAAGUACAACGAGACGCUCUUGACGACCUUUGGCGGCGACGACGGGCCGCUGCGCGCCCUCGAGGCGGCGUCGCUCAUCGCAGUCCACCACCACCACGGCCGGCCGUCGCUCAUCCGCCCGGGCAAGCCCGUGUACCGCGCCGCGUGCGCCCGCCUCGUCGACGACGCGCCGUUCCGCGCCGCGAUCGAGUACCGCGCCGUCGAGGCCGGGCUCAAGGGCGCCCGGGCCGACAUUGACGCGGCCGAGAAGGGCCUCGUCGAGCUGAGCGCCCUCUUUACGGGCGACAAGGGCCGGUGGGCGUUUGGCGGCGGCGCGACGGUCCCGCCCGAGGUCGAGGUGCGCGUCGGCGAGCUCCUCGCCAAGAUGAGGGGCGCGCAGGACAAGCUGCAGCAGCUUGGCGACGAGAAGAAGCGGUUGCUCGAGGUGCUCAAGGAGGCGGCCUGAGUGCGCUCUCUCUCGUGCCGGCGGUCGGACCUUUUGUAGAUAGCGCACUCGCUCUCAUUGUUGUACUCGAGCACAUUCUCUCGCA